AUGGAGCUUUACGCUGUAUUAAGAGCCCUCAAGGUGUGGGAGCACUACCUAAUCCAACGGGAGUUUGUCCUCUAUUCCGACCAUCAAGCAUUAAAGUUCAUCAAUAGUCAAAAGAAUAUAAAUCGGAUGUAUGCUUGGCGGGUUUCUUACAUCCAACGAUUCACUUUUACUCUCAAGCAUAAGUCAGGAAAACUGAAUCGUGUAGCUGACGCUUUGAGUCAUCGAGCUACCCUACUAAUCACCAUGAAAGCUGAAGUAAUUGGAUUCGAGUGCAUAAAGGAGUUAUAUGAGGAAGAUGAAGAUUCUGAACAAAUAAUCCAAGAAUUACAUGCUGGAGGCUUGGGUGGUUAUCUGGGAAGAGACAAGGCUAUUGCUCUGGUAGAGAAGCGGUAUUACUGGCUGCAACUGAAGAAAGAAGCAGGCGACAAACUAAAACAAUGGGACCUGGCUUAA